CCCUUUCAUCAUCCUUUGUCGGCUACGAAACCAACGCACCCCAGCAUAACUUAGCCAUGUCUCCCACCUCGUCCCCGGUCACCGGAAUCCAGGUCGACGUCCACGAAUUCCCGCCGGAGGUCUCACCUCCGGGCACCACCAAGACCUUGUUACUCGGUGGCGCAGGGGCGAGAGGUUUGGAGAUCCAAGGCAAGUUCGUAAAGUUCACGGCCAUUGGUGUUUACUUGGAAGAUAACGCCAUACCGUUCCUCACCGUUAAGUGGAAGGGCAAGACUGCAGAGGAGUUGACGGAUUCCGUUGAAUUCUUCAGGGACAUCGUUACUGGUCCCUUUGAGAAAUUCACAAGGGUGACGAUGAUCCUGCCACUAACAGGAAAGCAGUACUCAGAGAAGGUGACAGAAAAUUGUGUCGCCUAUUGGAAAGCAGUUGGAACCUACACUGAUGCAGAGAGCAAAGCCGUUGAAAAGUUCAUCGAGGUUUUUAAGGAUGAAACCUUCCCACCUGGUGCCUCUAUUCUUUUCACUCAAUCACCGCUUGGCUCAUUGACAAUUGCCUUCUCCAAAGAUGGUUCCUUACCUGAAGCAGGGAAUGUGGUAAUAGAGAACAAACAGUUGUCGGAAGCAUUGUUGGAGUCGAUCAUUGGCAAGCAUGGUGUGUCCCCUGAAGCAAAACAGAGUUUGGCUGCAAGAAUAUCGAAAUUGAUAGCGUGUGAUGAUCAGGUGGUCGGGAAAGUGACAGCGGCAGAGUUGGAGGGAGAGAGUAUUAAGACAGUUGAAGCAGAGAAUGGAAAAGCUUAAACAGCAAGGAAGUUCCAAGUUUCGACUUUCUUGAGCUGGUUCUUCAUUUCCUGAAAAAAAUAAACCUGCCUUCUACUUCUGUAUUGCUCCUUUUUUUCUUUCUUGGUUGGUAAACACACACCCCCUCUACUGAAGCUUGAAACUCAGACCUCCCUUUAAAAAGUUGGACCUGGUAGCACUAGCUCACUGGCCGAAUAUCUGUAUUGCUCCUUAUAUAUACUGAUCAUGUAAAUAAAGAUGGGUUCUGUUCAUCAUAA